UGUGUUGUAAACCUUCCAGCAAUUCAGGCUUUCUGUGUCCGAGCCUGAUACUCCCCUCGGUGGGUGGGGAAGCCCAGGGCCAGGCUGACGUCAGGCGGAGAGCGGGGAUAAAGCCCCGUGCAGCAGCUGGGGGACCAGUGCCACUUCCCACAGGGGGACACAAGCUGGGCAGGUGCUCUGCUGCCGGCACCCUGCCUCCUCCAGCCCAGCCUCGGGGAAAAAAAGAGCAGUCACCGAGAAAAAACCCUCCAAAAUGCCACAAAACGUUAUCCUCCAAGGACCGGCGCCCUGGGGAUUCAGGCUCUCGGGAGGAAUAGAUUUUAACCAACCCCUAAUCAUAACCAGGAUUACACCUGGAAGCAAGGCUUCAGCUGCCAACCUGUGCCCCGGUGAUGUGAUUAUAGCUAUUGAUGGUCUAGGCACUGAGAACAUGACACAUAAUGACGCCCAGGAGAGAAUUAAAGCAGCUGCACACCAGCUUUGUUUGAAAAUAGAGAGUGGAUGCAGCACCCCCUCGGGGAUAGACUGCGGCAGCGGGCGCAGCACCCCCUCCUCGAUCAGCACCGUGAGCUCCAUCUGCCCCACCGAGCUGAAGGCCGUGUCUCGGAUGGCCCCCAACAUUCCCGUGGAGAUGGAGCUGCCCGGUGUCAAGAUCGUGCACGCUCAGUUUAACACCCCCAUGCAGCUCUACUCAGAUGACAAUAUCAUGGAAACGCUGCAAGGCCAAGUUUCUACAGCGCUGGGGGAAACACCCGUAAUAAGCGACCCCUCUCCCAACUCGGUGCCUCAGUCCGACGUCUACAGGAUGCUCCACGCCAACCAGGAGGAGCCCAGCCAACCUCGCCAGUCUGGCUCCUUUAAGGUGCUCCAGAAUUUAGUCUCCGAGGAAGACGGACGCCCUGCGGGCACAAGAAGUGUGAAAGCACCGGUGACGAAGAUACCGAGUGCCAUGCCCGGUGUGCAGAAGGUGCCACUGUGUGACAAGUGUGGGAGUGGGAUUCUAGGGACAGUGGUGAAGGCCCGUGACAAAUACCGGCACCCGGAAUGUUUCGUGUGCUCUGACUGCAACCUCAACCUGAAACAAAAAGGCUACUUCUUCGUGGAGGGACAACUCUACUGCGAAGCUCACGCCCGAGCUCGCAUGAGGCCACCGGAGGGAUAUGAAGCAGUUACUGUUUACCCAAAAUGCUAGUCUUACCUUAACACACAAAAAUCUAUGCAUGCACACACACAAAAAAAAAGCCAUUAACAGCGUAGAACUGCCGUACAAGUGUCAGGACUUCUGCCUGGUUCCAAAGUAGCAGCUUUUAAACCUUUUCUGGCGGGGUUCUGAGGGAGGUGGAAGUCCCCGUUGGCCAGCAGUAGCGUGUUACACCAGUAAAAUUCUGCUAAAAUAUUAUCUUCCAAGUUGCCAAUAUAAUUCAAUGAAGUAUAAACUAAAACAGCUGUACUGGAAUAAAAAAGGUAAACAGCUGAGGUCUUACACAAUUAAUACAGUAUAUACGUAAGUGCUGUAAUCAAGACAUUAUUUUUAAUGUAAAUUAAGUAUCACCGAAGCCAUCCAAGUGUUACAGGCUGGGCCCUAACAAACGUAGAAACUCUACAGAUCAUUAGAAAAGCAGCUAUUUUACAUGGAUAGUACAAAACAAGCAGUUGUUCAUGUCUGCUUCCACCAUCUAUUAUUCAACCACCACUACGGUAUGCCAAAAAAAUAGAUUUUGCUUACUUUGCUUUGAAUUUGGGGUUAUAUUGACCUAAUUUUCUGAUGCAGCAACUGUGAUGAGGAAAGAAAAUGGCUAGCAUAACAAAGACUGUUUAGUAAGAAGUAAAAUAGAAGUUCUACAUUGUUUUAAUGAUUUGCAAUGGAAUCAGCUUUCACACCACUCAGCAGAAAACUGUUCUAAGGUAUGCACACACAUACAUUGUUUUUUGGGGAAAAAUCCCACCAAAACACACACACUCUAAUUCAUAGGAAGUCUUUGCAAACUGAGAAUGAAAGUAAACUUAAAAACCUUUCCGCAGAAAAUGGUGCUGGUUUUUUUAGCAUCUCCGUCUUUCCAUUUCCAGAAUAGAAACAAUGGGGAAAUAUCAUCACAAUAUCUUUAUCGCUGGUAAAUUAAAACUUGGACAACUUUAAAAAUAAAUGUCAAUUAAAAGAUGCAAAGGGAAGAUAUUUUAUAAAUAGCCUGGUGAAGUCCUAAGAAAAAAAAAGAAAUGGAUGAAAGAAUACAGUUUUUAAAUCAAUUUCUGAAAUGUUUGAAGGGCUACAUUGCUUUCAGGUAGGUGCCAGUUACACACACAGACCUGACUGACAAUCUCAAUCUUAGCAUUUUCCAAAAAUACCAACAUAAUUCAUAAAUAAGUUAUUGGGGGCUUUUGCUUCACACUAGAAAAAUCUACAAAAUUUUAUAUCAUCUACAAGACUAACAGAAAUUAACAACUCAGAGGCAAACAAUCUUAUAUACUUUUCCCAUUCUACAACAGAAGAUGCUUAAUAUGUAAGAAGACUAUGGAAUCAAAGAAAGAAGCUAUAUAUACUUUAAGUUUAUUUUUAAAAUUCAGAUGAGCCCCAAAGCUUGAAAUACAAUGUCCACAUAUUCAAAGAAUUUUCAAAGUGUCUUAAAGUAUUAUUUCAGAAUUUAAGUAUUUUAAAAAUGUGCGUGUCACUGCAUUCAUAAUUUAUGUCUGGCUAUCAAAAACAGACAUUAAAAAAGUGUUGUGCCCUUUUAAAAGUUAGUUCCUGAAUUAUCUGGGGGCACAAAAUAUAAUUCCGCUCCUCAUGUAUCACGGAGGAUAUGAGUAGCAUUUCUAUUUUUCCACUGAUAAAGCCCAUAAAAUAAAUCUGAAAAUCCUUUUUGAAGUGAGAGUGCACUUAACGUCUAUUUUUACAAACCUAAAAUGUCAUCGGUGUUUUAAAAUAUUUGCUUAACGUUCAUUUCUUUGUGGAGUAACCGAAGUUAAAAAUAAAUCUAUUACAUAUGGUAAA